GUACGACAAAAUAUCAAAGAAUGAAUUUCAGUGUAAAGGAUGUAAAGUAAUUUUAAAAAUACAUCCUACAUUUCUACACAAUUUAACACGACACUUAUUACUUUGUCCGUAAGUACAUAUCCCAAAAAUAUUUUAUAUAUUAAUGAGUAGAAAAUAGGUAAUAAUGAAAUUACAUUUGAGGCCGGAAUGUGUGAAUAUAGAAAGGUGUAGACAUAAUAUUCAGUUAUAAUGAUAAAAUUUACUUAUUGACAAAAUAAUUUUGUUUCUAUUCUGUCAUAGUCACUUCCAACUUAAUCACCCGAAAAAGUAUAAGGAAAAAGAUAAAAAGGUAAGAAAAUCAUCGAGCAUACAUGACACGUUCGAUGAAAUGAGCAACAAAUUGAAAGAGAAAUGUAAAACAUGUAACAAAAUAGUACCAUUACACACAUCAAUUGAGUACACAAAUUUAAUAAGACACCGUUAUUGUUGUCUUAAAUCAGACAAGACGAGAAAAUUAACGGAAAAACAGAUAUUGGAUAUGAACGAUGACACACACAACAAAAUGGCAAAACGGUGCAGAGGAUGUGAGAAAAUUACGAACGGUAAUUUAUACCACCAUAUAAACAAUUGCCACAAAAAAUAUGAGGUAAAAGACGGAAAGAAAACAAGAACAUGGAGCAUUCAUGACAAGUUCGAUGCUCGAUCGAAACGAGCAAUUAAUUGGAAAAAAAUGUAAAAUAUGUGAAAAAUAAUCAACAUACAGACAUCAGUUAACUAUAAAAAUUUAAUACUUCACCUUUCUCGUUGUAGGUAAGUAUGGAUAUAAGAUACAUUUCUAUUAAUUUCUAUUAAUUUUGUCGUAUUUAUUCUUUUAUAACCCACUUUCUUAAUCAUUCAAGUAAAUCAGAGAAAACGGGAGAAUUGCGGGGAAAACAGAUAUUGGACAAGUACGAUGGCACACGCGACAAAAUGGCAAAACGGUGCAAAGGAUGUGAGAAAAUACUAACGGUGAACACUAAUACUAGAUACGAUAAUUUAUACAGACACAUACACAAUUGCAUGUAAGUAUCCGAAUGAGAAGCAUUUAAAAUAUUAAUGAACAUAAAAUAGGUAAAACGAUAAGAAAUAACGUUUAAAGAAAAUGUAAUUACAAGAUAUAUAAAAUACAUAUGAAUAAGGGGGCUUCGUUUGCCUACAUUCCCGAUAGCCAACACCAUUUAGCACACGUGAAUAAUAAUUAUAUGCAAGUAUGACUAAAAGAGCAUAAUUGUCCGUCUACAUGUUAAAGAGGGUUGCUCAUGGAAAAGUAGAACAGAAUAGAAAAAUUUUCUACUUUUGAUUGAGAUUUCGCAUUAAUAAAGUAAAGAUAAUCCGUGAAUAAGUAUGAGUCUGCCAGAGUUGGAGGAAUUAGACAACUCUGUAUCACGCAUCUAUUGCAACUGCUAAUCGCAUACUGAUAAUACUGCAGGUUAUUUAUAUAUUAAAACUGAAAGUUUUGGCCUGUGUGAAAAUACAGCGAUAUGGUUAUAAACAUACAUAUAGCGUCUGAAAUAUUAUAAUUAUUCCGUUUUAUUUUUU